GCCAAAAAUGCUGCCCAUCGAGCAGACGAUGUCGAAUUUGCGUUCGAGAUCGGAAGCGGACUGCUUACCGAAGUGCGACGGCUCCAGAGCCUUCUCGGCGAGCGUGACAAGGCCAUCCAAGACAUGAAGGAGGAGAAGGAUGACCUUGAAAAGACCGUCGAGUCUCUACGUACCGCGCUUCGAUCGCAAGAACAGAGCUCAGACAAGUUCAAAGAAGAAAACUGGAACCUCGAAGUUACUCUCCAAGAAGUCCGUACCCAGUAUUCAGACUCGCAGUCCACAAUCGUGCGCAUCGAAGGCGAGCACAAGCGGGUUACGAAACAGCUCAACAACACUCGAGAAGCAGCAGACCAGUACAAAAACGAAUUACAGCGUGUCCAAACUGCAUACGAUGAUAUGAAAGCUAAGCACGAGACAGACGUGGCGCAGGCGCGUAAGCAUGCUGCGGGUUUACAGCGCGACAAGUCAGACUUGCAGUCCGCGCUUGAUGUACUGAGGGCGGAGGUAGAGAAAUCAAGCCGUCGCCUCGGUCCACGAUUCGGGAGUCCACUCACGCCUGGUGCAAGCCAGGAUAAAGAGUACUCGACCCCUGCUGCAGAGGAUGAUGAUGUCUUUACCACAGCCAGUACCAACAACAGGCGGAAAAUGGACAGUUCGGCUGUGUUCCAGCCUGACGCAUUCGAAGAUCUUGUAGACAUUUCCCCUGACCCGUCACCAUCACGCCCAUUCCAUGCGAGCAACCACCCCAAUAACGAGAUCGAGGCCCUUCAGCAGCGGCUUGCCCACGCCCAGAGGCAGAUCAGCACCCUCAAGGGCAGUUUGCAUCGCGAGAAGGAGAUGCGAAUGGAAUAUAAGCGCAAACUAGAGUCUUCCUCUGGGUAUGUACAUGCUGAAAACGAGCCUCCAGAAGAUGAGACGAAUGACGAUGACGAGACUGAGACUAAACAUCCUCGCCGGCUGACACCAUACCGUUCCGGUGGUGGCAGAGCCAGAGGCAGGAGAGGCAGAGGAAGGUCUUCUCUUGUUACCAGGCUCGGUAUGGCAGCGCAAAGCCCCAGUACUACAUCUGAUUACAAUGCCUCUCCUCCACCACCCAUACCGCUUCUCCCCGACUUCGCCGAUGAUAUUCUUUCCGACGAGGGUAACGCAGAGGGCGAGCCGGAAGAGCAAAACCUUGACCCCUUACCUUCUCCUUCCUCAAAGCGAACAAGCGUUGAUGGUAUGGACCCAGUGUUUGCAAAUGUCCUCCGCAAGUCUGCGUCCUACAGCGCAUUCCCAAGCCAAUCUAGCCCGCUUCGCCAUUCCCUGCUGGCUCGCUCCUCCCCUCGCGGCGUUGGGCGUGGUGGAGCCCCACCAAGACGCGCUCGUGGCGGUGCUGCUUUCCAGGAGGCCAGACCGGCGUCCCUUGUUGGGGAACCUGAGGCUUUAUCUGCAGAGCUCGGUAUUACGUCUGUUGCUGAAGAUGUUGAAGUCAAGGUCACCGCUGAAAUGGCAUGUCAGACCGACUUCGAGGACGUGACGGUGCUCGUACCGUCGCCCUCUUCCCCAGCGAAUGACACGGGUGUGCAAGUCGAGCAAGCCCUUGAACCUGUACCAGCAUCUCCCACCACUUCUGAAAUGUCGUGCCAGACUGACGAGUUCUUUGUGGUGCAUAUGGAAACAGCUGUGCAGCACGAGCCUACUUCUCCUGUUGCAGCCCGCGCAAGCUUCUACCAAAUGCAGCCCCCCGAUCGCGUUUUCGUCGCACGGAGCUCGAUGAGGCGUACGACGCUUACGCAGUCUGAUUUCUCUCGUUCAUCAGAGGGCGACAACACCCUACGCGGUGGCAUCCCCGGUGAAGCUAACGGCCGGCGGCCCAUUCCGGGUGGUUUCUCCUCUGAGGAGGAGAGUGACAUCGAUGUUGAUAUGGACGACGGAGCGACGGAGACCGGUAUAGAAACAGACACAGAUGUGGACGAUUACCACGACGCGCGGGGGAGUCUUGCUACAGAGUCACGGGAGGACUUCCACUCUGUGUUGACGAUGACAGACAACGACUUUUCGGAGAGUGAUGACGAGAGUGUCAAGGCGCUUGGAAACUCAAGGCGGUCGUCAGUAUCGUCUACGACACAACAUCGGGAGUUCCUCUAUCGUGACACAGCUACCUAUGAGGAGAAGGGCGUUGGUAUGGAUAGCGUUGAAGAGCCGAAGGUCAUCGAGGUUAUCAAGGAAGUGGAAGUCAUCAGAGAGGUAGAAGUUAUCAAAGAGGUAGAAGUCAUCAAAGAGGUAGAAGUCAUCAAAGAGGUGGAAGUCAUCAAGGAAGUCGAGGUGCCUGUUGAAGUCAUCAGGGAGGUGGAGGUCAUCAAAGAGGUCCCGGUAGAGGUCAUCAAGGAGAUCGAGAUCAUCAAGGAGGUUAUCAAGGAGGUUCCAAUCGAAAUCAUCAAAGAAGUACCUGUGGAAGUCAUCAAGGAGGUCCGACAACCAGUUGAAGUCUUGAAGGCAGUCGAAGUGGCCAAGAUGGUAGCCGAGCCCUCUAAGCCAGAGCUGAAGGAAAUGUCUGUUCAAACGGAUACAUUUACUGCUUCACCCGUUAUUGCAAGUUGGCAAGACACCUCUGCGUCAUCUGUGACCCCGACUCCCACCCCCGCACCUUCUGCCCCUGUGUCCCCCGCUCUCUUCCGAGUGGGCGCAGCAGUACAACAGUUCCAGUUUGUUCCUGCACCUGCCAUUGCAGCACCUGCUCCUCCUUCCCCCUCACCUAAUCGUGACUCUAGUCUCAGUACCACAAGCUUCGGCAUCAUUCGCUCUAUUACCUCUAAUACAGACCAUCGGCAGUCAGUUGAGUCUGCAGUCUCUUCUGGCGCUGACGAUGGAACUCGUCGUUCAAGGACCGCCUCUGUUGUGCCCUCUAUUGUAGACAAAACUCGUCCCCCUAUGAUGGCCUUGCCGCCCCCACCUCGCCAACCGCCUCCAUCCGGCACUAUGCCACCACCCCCUUUUAUCCCGGAACGGAGAAUAGCUACUACGUCAUCGACAUCGGACGCGCCGCCACCUCGUCCAUCCUCCCCCCCACCUCCAGAACUCGUACAGCGCGCCACCACACCGACUUUUGGCACAAUGCUCUCUGUACAUGGCAGGGGGAGUGCUUAUGGUCCAAGGCAGCAUGGCUCGAGCAUGCCCCCGCCUCAAUCAAAUUUACGGCAGCCGCCAUCCACAAGCAGCUUCCGGUCUGCUGCCAAUGCUGCGGCGUAUGCACAAAACUCAGUUCCACCGUCUGGCUUACCAUCAUGGGGCGUGCGCGAGCAACAAAGGAGUCAGAUGUCGAGCACAUCCCUGGCAUCGGAUAGAAGCGCGCUUUCACCACGGUCGUCCAUGUCUUCGGACCACAAUGUCUUCUUAAACCGCGCACCCGGUGUCAGCGUCCCCAUCAACCCUGGCAAGAAUGUCGAACAGUCCAACGAUAACAGACAUAGUAUGUCCACAGAUCCUGCUGUCAUCCAUGCGAUUACCCAGACCAUGAUCGGCGAGUUCUUGUACAAAUAUACCCGGCGCACCAUUGGCAAAGGCUAUGGAGAGAAGAGACACAAGCGGUUCUUCUGGGUGCAUCCGUAUACCAAGACUUUGUACUGGAGCUCUGCUGACCCUGGAUCAUCAAACGUCUCAGAAUCGAGUGCUAAGAGCGCUUAUAUCGAAGGUGUUCGCUCUGUUUUAGAUCCCAAUCCCAUGCCUCCUGGUUUAUACCAGUACAGCGUCGUGAUAUCCACAGCUCAGAGAGAAAUGAAGAUCACUGCUCCUACCAAGGAGCGCCAUGACAUUUGGCUCAAUGCUUUGAAAUACCUGCUUGCUCGUCCCAGCCCUCCGAUAACACCCUCAGUCAGUCAGAAUGAAAAUACGGCCGCCAUGAGUCCCAUGUCUCAAAGCGCAGAGCUCACAGAUGAUGAUCACCGUCAUUUGAUUGAUACAAGUCCCAAAAGUCAACGAAGUGGCCACAGCAGCCAGAACGGUGGUACCUUCAACACCACGCCGCGGGGCAGCCGGAGUAGAUCACAGAUCUCUGUUCGAGGGUCUGUAGGUAAAAGAUCUGGAACGCCAGCCGCAGAAUACCUCCGAUGGGCAGCGCCCGAGAGCCCUUACAGCCCUGCGAAGUCCUUCGAACGAGUAAUGGGUCAUGGCCAUGACGAUGACGACCUUGAGUUUGAACUCCAUGGCCAAUCUCAGUCGGACGACGGGUUCGAAGGCUUGGAAAAUGUGCGCGCCUGUUGUGAUGGACGUCAUACUGUCGGUCACUCUGGUCAUCACCACCACACCCACAAUGGUGACCACCUCCUUGAAGUUGGCGCUCCCGCACGGCCAGUGUCUCCUGCGUGGUCGCUUCGAUCACGAACGGGGAGUACACACUCUCAUGAUGCGGGCGGCUUGUUUUCAUGGGGCCGAGGGGACGAUGGGAAGCUUCGCUUUGGCUCUCGUCGAUCUACAAAGACUGUACCUAACGCUGUUGGUGAUCGGUAGUCGGGCGAACAACGCCCGUUUCCUCGCUUUUGCCUUGUCUAUCUCUGCUUUUCGCGCACAAUGUCUCGCUUUCUCGCAGCCUAUCCUCCCUGAUAAUGGUCUUCGCUAUAUCAUGAUAUAAAUCCCUUAUAUUUUGUCACUUUUUUUUCGUUCGUGUAUGCAUUAUUUCUUUUUUUUUUGCAAA